CCCCCGUGGCCCACUCCCAUGCACACUGAGCCUGGGAGGGCGUUGGAGAGGCUCUGCGCGCUCCCCACCCAGGGCUGAAGCCCCUCUGCGGUAUCCCUGUCUGCUGGAAUGUGGCCACUGAUGAGGAGCUCACUUCCUCACCAAGCCACCUUUCUGGCUGCCGGAGCUGAGAUUUCCCUUCGCGACACCUCUAACCUUCCGUCCUGAUUCUGUCCUCUGAGUCACCCCCUGAAUAAGGCAGCCCCCUUUCCACAUGAUGUUUAGAGAUAUCAUUAUAUCCUCCCCUCCCGCAAGACUCCUCUUCUCAGGGCCGACUCUUUACCCCUUCAAACCAGCCCCCCGAGUUUGAGCCACUCUGCCAGGCCCUGCUUCUCCCUAUGUUGGGCCCCCUCCCAUCGCACCACCCUUGGCCAGACCUGGCUGUGAUCUCGGCACAUUCCUUCCAUCUUAUCAGCGCCAUGGUUUCUGUGCCACCUGUCAUCACCCAUGGGGCUCUGUGCCCAGGCCAGGGACAUCGCUGACCCACCCUCCUCCCUCUUGGAACCACAGUUGUGGGCGGGGGUGGGGAGGAGGGCUUUGAGCUCAGUACGUCAUGGAAAGUUGCCAGGGCCCGAGGACAGGGACAGGAACAAUCCGAUGGCAGCAACAGUGGUAGUGGCAGGAUGGAGGGGGGGUCACAGGGAGGGCGUGUUUACAGACCUAGGGUAUUGGUUUGGAAGCAGCUGGGAGCAGGUCUGGGGACGUGGGUAGUUGGGGGCGAAGGCCCAGCCAUUUCCAGCUCUGGUUGGACACAGACCACUGCUGUCCAGGCUCCUACCUUUUCUGAUAGCUGGGGCUGUGGGAGGGAGCAGGCGCUGAGGCCUUGGCUGUCCGGGGAAUGCUGAGUCUGCUGGAGGAGGUCACAGGGCCCAAUGGGACACUGAGCCCUGAGCCCCGGGAUGCCGAGGGCCAGGGUGCUGGGAGGGCUCCCUCUCCCAGCCCUCGAGAUUCGCUGGCCUCAGAGGACUUAGAGAUGUUCAUGCUGGACCUUGAGGACGGUGACCUGUGGGAGUCCACCCGGGGCAAUCUGAGCCCCAUGGCAGGGGGACCAGCUUGUCACCGGCUGGAGGACAACCCUGGCAUGCGGCGGCACCUAGUGAAGAAGCCAUCUCGGACACAGGGCGGGAGGGGCAGUCCUGGCAGCACGGCUCCCAUCCUGCGCAGGAAGAAGAAGAAGAAAAAGCUGGACCGGAGGCCUCACGAGGUGUUCGUGGAGCUGAAUGAGCUGAUGCUGGACCGCAGCCAGGAGCCCCACUGGCGGGAGACGGCCCGUUGGAUCAAGUUUGAAGAGGAUGUGGAGGAAGAGACAGAGCGCUGGGGGAAGCCCCACGUGGCCUCCCUGUCCUUCCGCAGCCUCCUGGAACUCAGGAGGACCAUUGCCCAUGGAGCUGCACUCCUGGACCUGGAGCAGACCACUCUGCCAGGCAUUGCACAUCUUGUGGUGGAGACCAUGAUUGUGUCCGACCAGAUCCGGCCAGAGGACAGGGCCAGUGUCCUGCGUACCCUGCUAUUGAAGCACAGCCAUCCCAACGAUGACAAGGACAGCGGCUUCUUUCCCCGCAACACGUCCAGCUCCAGCGUGAACUCAGUCCUGGGCAAUCACCACCCCACCCCGAGCCACGGCCCUGAUGGGGCGGUUCCUACCAUGGCCGAUGACCUGGGGGAGCCAGCCCCACUCUGGCCUCAUGAUCCGGAUGCUAAGGAGAAGCCCCUGCACGUGCCUGGGGGAGACGGUCACCGGGGGAAAAGCCUGAAGCUGCUGGAGAAGAUCCCUGAAGACGCGGAGGCUACUGUGGUGCUCGUGGGCUGUGUGCCUUUCCUAGAGCAGCCAGCGGCCGCUUUUGUGCGACUGAGUGAGGCUGUACUGUUGGAGUCUGUGCUUGAGGUCCCGGUGCCGGUUCGCUUCCUCUUCGUGAUGCUGGGUCCCCGCCACACCAGCACUGACUACCAUGAGCUUGGGCGCUCCAUUGCCACCCUCAUGUCUGACAAGCUGUUUCAUGAGGCUGCCUACCAAGCAGACGACCGGCAGGACCUCCUGAGUGCCAUCAGCGAGUUCCUGGACGGCAGCAUCGUGAUUCCCCCGUCGGAGGUGGAGGGCCGGGACCUGCUACGCUCCGUGGCGGCCUUCCAGCGAGAGCUGCUGAGAAAGCGACGGGAACGCGAACAGACCAAAGUGGACAUGACCACCCGGGGAGGCUUUGUGGCCCCUGGGAAAGAGCUGUCAGUGGACUUGGGGGGCUCCGAGGCAACCCCUGAAGAUGACCCCCUGCUGCGGACUGGCUCAGUAUUUGGGGGGCUUAUCCGGGAUGUGAAGCGCCGGUACCCGUACUACCCGAGUGACCUGCGCGACGCCCUGCACACCCAGUGCGUGGCAGCCGUGCUCUUCAUCUACUUUGCUGCCCUCAGCCCUGCCAUCACCUUUGGGGGGCUGCUAGGCGAGAAGACGGAGGGGUUGAUGGGUGUGUCCGAGCUCAUCGUGUCCACGGCUGUGCUUGGAAUCCUCUUCUCUCUGCUGGGGGCCCAGCCACUGCUUGUGGUUGGCUUCUCAGGGCCUCUGCUGGUCUUCGAAGAAGCCUUCUUCAAGUUUUGCCAAGCCCAGGACCUGGAAUACCUCACCGGCCGGGUGUGGGUUGGCCUCUGGCUGGUGGUCUUCGUCCUUGCCCUGGUGGCCGCUGAGGGCAGCUUCCUGGUUCGCUACAUCUCGCCUUUCACCCAGGAGAUCUUUGCCUUCCUGAUCUCUCUCAUUUUCAUCUAUGAGACCUUCCAUAAGCUGUACAAGGUGUUCAUGGAGCACCCACUGCUGCCAUUCUACCCCCCUGAGGGGGCACUGGAGGCUGGACCGGACCUGAAUGGGAGCGCUUUGUCCCCAACUGAGGGGUCGCCAGGCCCGAGGAACCAGCCCAACACGGCUCUGCUGUCCCUCAUCCUCAUGCUCGGGACCUUUCUCAUUGCCUUCUUCCUACGCAAGUUCAGGAACAGCCGCUUCCUGGGCGGCAAGGCUCGCCGCAUCAUUGGCGAUUUCGGCAUCCCCAUCUCCAUUCUGGUGAUGGUCCUGGUGGAUUACUCCAUUACAGACACCUACACACAGAAGCUGACCGUGCCCACGGGGCUCUCGGUGACCUCCCCCCAUAAGCGUACAUGGUUCAUCCCACCCCUGGGCAGUGCCCGUCCUUUUCCGCCCUGGAUGAUGGUGGCAGCCUCUGUCCCCGCCCUCCUGGUCCUCAUCCUGAUCUUCAUGGAGACACAAAUCACUGCGCUCAUUGUCAGCCAGAAGGCGCGGAGGCUGCUCAAAGGCUCCGGCUUCCACCUGGACCUGCUGCUGAUUGGCUCCCUGGGCGGGCUCUGCGGGCUGUUUGGGUUGCCCUGGCUCACAGCCGCCACCGUCCGCUCAGUCACCCACGUCAACGCCCUGACUGUUAUGCGCACUGCCAUUGCGCCUGGCGACAAGCCCCAGAUCCAGGAGGUGCGGGAGCAGCGGGUCACCGGAGUGCUCAUUGCCAGCCUCGUGGGCCUGUCCAUUGUCAUGGGGUCUGUGCUGCGCCGGAUCCCAUUGGCCGUGCUCUUUGGGAUUUUCCUGUACAUGGGGGUCACGUCACUGUCCGGUAUCCAGCUGUCCCAGCGUCUGUUGCUCAUCUUUAUGCCAGCAAAACACCAUCCUGAGCAGCCCUACGUGACCAAGGUGAAGACGUGGCGGAUGCACCUGUUCACUUGCAUCCAGCUGGGCUGCAUCGCACUGCUCUGGGUGGUCAAGUCCACGGCGGCCUCACUCGCCUUUCCCUUCCUGCUGCUGCUCACAGUGCCUCUGAGGCGUUGCCUUCUGCCCCGGCUCUUCCAGGACAGGGAACUGCAGGCGCUGGACUCGGAAGAUGCUGAACCAAACUUCGAUGAGGAUGGCCAGGACGAGUACAAUGAGCUCCACAUGCCUGUGUGAUCCUCCAACGUGGUGCCCCUCAGAGACCCUGCCACCUUAGUGACCGACACCUGGGCCCCUGUCAGCCCAGCGCCAGGGCCAGCGGGCUCCUCAUGACCCAGAGACAUGCCUGGAACCACUACUGAUGCCACGGCCAGAGGGGCCCCCUGACUCUGCCUGGGGCUCUGACCUUGUCCCACCCAGGCCCUUUCACAUACCAGACACUGGCACAGGCUUUGAACCUAUUAUAACCACACUCCUUG